AAACAGAUAGUGCAACUGACGAGUUGUCUCAUUUUAUAAAUGAAAUUUUAAAAAAAGUAUAACAUAUAUUGUUUAAUGAAACAGUGGCAUAAACUAACUUAAAGUGAAUUAUUUUAAAACGAAACCAGGCACAGUAAAUGUAAAUUUGUAAAGGAUAAGCUUAUAGAUACUAUCCUAAUGGAUAAGAAUAAUAAUAUUGAUUCAGAAAUUCAUGAAGCGAAAUCAGUUGCUCAAAAUGAAUUCUUAUACGGUUGGAUUGAAGAUAAUAAUCUUCUGCUAACAGAAGAAGAUAUUAGAGCCGUGUUUUUAGAAGGUUACGAGGAUAUCGAAGGACUUAGUUUACAAGAGACAUCAACUAUCCCAUUCGCAUCUAGUUGGAUGGACGCUAAGUUAAGUAAAACAAGAGCAAGAAGUCGCUUAUGGCCGCCUUCGAAAUCCACUACAACAGUGUCGAAUUUUACUACCAAUGACUUGAAUACAUCGAAUGAUGUGGAUUUAAAACUAGAUGAAUAUCACGAAACGGAUCUCGAAAGUGACAUAAUAGAAAAUUCCAGAUCCCAAGAAACUAGUCACAGUCAAUUGACAGAUUUUCAAAAUCGUCACGAAUUUUCUAAAAGUGAAAAAAUUGACAGUGGGUUACAAAAAUCCACAACGAUUUGUUCCAAAAAUGAAGAAAAGUUCAGUAUUGAUUCAAAGAUAAUAAAUCAAGUAAAUGUAAAGUUGUACAACGAAAAAAGUUAUCUAAACACCGCGUAUGAUAAAAUGAUGUCUUUAAUUGGGCAAUUAAAACAUGAUACCACAGGAAUCUCAUAUUAUCUAUACUUUUGUGCAUUAAAUCGAGUUAGUCCAUUGAGAUAUGUUGUUCAAAAUCUUGAUAAAGAAAAACUAUCUUUACAACAUCGUGGAAUUGGGAAUUUGGAGAUUAAAUUAAUUACAGAAGCUUUACGACGUAACACUACAAUCACUUGGUUGGACUUAUCUUAUAAUGUAUUGGAAGUUAGUAGUCUAUCAUUUUUAUCAAAAGUUUUAAAAGAAAACACAUUCAUACAAACAUUGCUUUUGAGUCAAUGUAAAUUACGCAAAGAUGGUCUGAUGAAAUUGUACAAUGACUUGAUCAAAAAUGUUACCAUAAAAUAUUUAGAUUUAUCAGGCUGUGAUUUAGGAGAUUCUUCUUGUAGUAUGUUGGCUGAAAUCUUAACUAUGAAUCGUGUUUUAAAGUAUUUGAAUUUGGCUCGAAAUCAGAUUGGUUCGGAUGGGGCUGAACUUCUCGGUGAUGCAAUUAGUUCAAAUGAUACAUUGCUCAAAAUAGAUCUUUCAUGGAAUUCAAUUACUAAUAAAGGUGCUUUAGAUAUUGCAAAAGGAUUAAAGGAAAAUAUUCGCAUCAGCAUUUGUCAUUUGUCGUGGAAUGGAUUUGCUGGCAAAUCUGGACUAGAAAUAGCACAAAUAAUCAAAGAAAAUAUAACACUGGAAGAAUUGUACUUACAAUAUAAUCGAAUCAGUGACAAAGAAAUUGAAAGUAUCGGUCAAGCCAUAUGUACAUCGAAUGAUUCAGGUGAAACAAAAUUGAGAAUUUUGGACGUUAGCAGUAAUCCAAUCAGUACAAAAGGAUUGUAUAACUUCUUUAAACAGAUUACUAAAUGUCAGAGUUUGAAACUGCAACGUUUAUUGAUGGAGGAAAUUCCUGUUGACUUUGAAUGUAUACAAUUAAUUGAAUCACUUAAGAAAACUUUCACUGAAUUAUGCAUAAACCAUGGACCACAAUUGAUUGUAGGCAAUACACAAGAUGAUGUCCAGUCGGAAGGUGGUACAUUUGUUGACUUAUUAUUCCUUCUUAAAAGUCAAGUAAACUAUAAUGGAAAAAUAUUUACUGAUGUUCUGCAGAAUAUGGAUGUAAAUAAAAAAGGAGCUGUUAGUGUUCCACAAUUUAUUGAAGCAUUGAAAAUAAUAGGGGUGAAUUACAAAUAUGAACAAGUAAAUGAUUUACAACAACGUCUGGACAAAUAUGGUGAUGGAACAAUUUAUUUCAAAGAUUACUUGAAGAAAAAUGUGGACUCAAUAACACCGGAAGCUAACAGUCCUAACUCCAGUCCAUUUAGACUGAAUGACAGUUAUUUCUAA